AUGGCCGAAACUGCUGCUAAGAAGCUCAAGAUCUCCUCCCCCUUGAUUGGGACUCACAGUGGUCACUUCCACGCCGACGAGGCUCUGGCGGUCUACAUGCUCCGCCUGCUUCCCACCUAUGCUGCCUCUCCUCUUGUGCGAACCCGCGACCCGGCUCAGCUAGAGACUUGCCACACUGUGGUCGACGUUGGUGGUGUGUAUGACGCCGCCAUCAACCGCUAUGAUCACCACCAGCGUACUUUUGACACCACCUUCCCCAACCACAACACCAAGCUCUCCUCUGCUGGUCUGGUUUACAUGCACUUUGGCCGCGCUAUCAUUGCCCAGCACAUGUCUCUGCCCGAGGACCACGCUGAUGUCGACCUCAUCUACGAGAAGCUUUACACCGACUUUGUCGAGGCUGUCGAUGCCAAUGACAACGGUAUCUCGGUCUACGACGCCGCCGCAGUGACUGCUGCCAAGCUGGAGAAGCGCUUCAAGAAUGGUGGUGUCACUCUUUCCUCCAUCGUCAAUGACAUGAACAACCCCGAUCCCAUCAGCGCUCCCGGUGAGCCCCAGGACGAGGAUAGCCUGUUCGGCCGGGCCAGCACACUCAUCGGCAAUGUCUUUGCUCGCAAGCUUCACCACGCCUGCACCUCAUGGCUUCCGGCCCGCACCACCGUCGGCGCUGCGUACCAGUCGCGCAAGGAAGUCCACUCUUCCGGCCGCAUUCUCGUGCUUCCCCAGGGCGGUGUCCCCUGGAAGGAGCACCUCUACAACUUCGAGAAGGAUGCUUCCAGCGGCCAGGAGAUCGAUCCUGCCGUUGAGGUAUACUAUGUUCUGUACCCCGAGAGCGCCGCUGAGGACUCCAAGUGGCGCGUGCAGUGUGUCUCUGUGUCUGAGAGCAGCUUCACCUCUCGCAAGCCCCUCCCCGAGGCUUGGCGCGGUGUCCGUGACCAGGACCUUGAUGGUGUGAUGGCCACCGAGGCCGAGAAGGCCGGUCAACCCAAGCUCCCUGAGGGUGCCAUCUUUGUGCAUGCCAGUGGAUUCAUCGGUGGCCACAAAACACGGGAGGGUGCCAUGGCCAUGGCUGUGCGCAGUCUUGAGUAA